AUGGUCGAAGUCCAAGAUCUCGCCAUGAUGCUAGCGGACCGUCAGGCGCUGGACAGGUCCAUGCACGUCUUGAGCGGCUUGUACAUAUGGGAAUUCUUCAUGACCUUCGACUACGAGUGGGCCCUAUAUCGACGCCGGAUGCCCUUCAAGUGGACCAUGCUGCUGUACAUCGGCUCGAGAUGGCUCACGCUCGUUUUCGUCGUCUGUGUCUUUAUCCUGUUCGAUCGGGCCACCGAGAUGGAUUGCGACGCGGUGUUCAAACUGCUCAUAGCUACCUCGUACUCUGCCUUGAUUUGCACUUCUGCAAUGUCUGUCCUCCGCGCCAUCGCCAUCUGGCGCUUUGCCACGGCCGUGGUCGUCGCCACCGCGAGCAUUCAGCUCCUUGACGUGGCCUGGGGAAUAAUCGCCCUCACGGUCGCAGGCAUCACACGGGCGCGCGCGGCGUGGGACCCCGAGCUGGGGCUUUGCGUCGUGAAGGACACGGCGCUGCAGCGCGACACGAUGCUCGUCGACCUCGCGUGCCAGCUCUCGCUGCUCGUGAUCAUGUUCGUCGGCGUCCUCCGCAUGCGCGCGGAGAAUGGGCUGUGGCGCGUGCUCUACCACCAGGGCAUGCUGUGUCUUCUGCUCGCGGUGCUCGCGCUCGUGCCGUCGAAUACUUUGUUGAUCUUGAACCUCAAUGGUCAGGGGGAUCUCCCCUUCUCGACGACUGCGCGCGCUGAUCUGUUCGCACACUGCUUGCUCGGCGCACUCGAUGCUGAAGUUUUGGGCACAGAUUUCGCAGACCCCGCACCUUAUGAUCAUGGUGAUCAGCACAGCGCGCAUCUAUCGCUCGCUGAACGAGUACUGCGCGCCGGGGCACGACCUGUACGUCCUGCACCCUCCGAUCACAGCCACCGCAUAACCUUCCCGCGCAGCACGACGGUGACCACACUCGACUUCCGCACCAUGGCCUCGAUGGUCGACGGCGCCCAGACCCAGACGCUCGACCUGCCCGGCGCGCACGAGCGGCGCAAAUCAAACUUGGACAGACGGCUCGGCGCGCAGCACGGCGGCUCGCCGUUCGCGUCCCUGUCGGCGGUGGGAAGCGACAAGCCGCCGGAUGUGGAGGCGCGCGGCGCGGCGGAGCCCUGGCGCAGGCGGAACGUGUGCGUGCAGGUCGGCGCGGGGGAGGAGAGUUUCGGCGUUGAUUUCGUGGACGAGUGGCGGCGAGAGAGCUAG